CCAGGUGGUAUCUCGUUGACGUUUCCGUGGAAGUAUUUUAUUCGGUAACUUCUAGCCCUGAAGUUCUCGUGUCCUGUAUGAAUUUUGCUACACACUGAUUCCUUAACCCAUAAUCGCCGAAAGGAGGAGAAUAGCGAGAACGGAAUCAACACAUUUUCAAGAUGGCCACUCAAAUGAAAAGAGAGUUGCCCACUGAGGCUAAACUUAAAAUAAUCAUAGUCGGUGCCGGUUUGGGAGGCGCAGGAGCAGCAAUAUCAUGUCUUCUCAAAGGCCACUCGGUCCACAUCCUCGAAUCCGCCAGCGAAAUAGGAGAAAUCGGAGCCGGGAUCCAAGUCCUCCCCAAUUCCUCGAAAGUGCUCAAGUACUGGGGUCUAGAGCACUCUCUCCUCACCCACGCCUCUCAUCCAAAAGCCGCAAAUUUGAUAAACUGGAAAGGGAUCCCGUUAAGUAGUUUAGAUUUCGGGUCCAGUACGGCGAAAUAUCCGGGGACAUGUUAUUGGGAUUUUCAUCGGGCGGAUCUGCAUCGAGUGUUGAUUGAGAGAGCGGUGGAAUUGGGGGCGAGUAUGGAGUGUAAUGCUAGAGUGGUAGAUGUUAAAUGUAAAGAGGAAGGAGCGACCGUAUUGUUGGCUGAUGGGAGGGAGAUGGAGGCUGAUUUGGUAGUUGGUGCGGAUGGGAUUCAUUCGAGAAUGCGAGAGGUGCUGGUCCAGAGGAAACAGCCGCCGAAGAGGACGGGAGAUUUGGCGUAUAGGUUGUUGUUGGAUGCUGAAAAGUUGAAGGAGGAUCCAGAAUUGGCACCCUUUGUAUUGAAUAAAGAGGUAAAUUAUUGGAUUGGGCCCGGUGCUCAUGUAGUAACAUACAUGCUACGAGAUUCAAGUCUCUGCAAUAUGGUUCUUCUCGUGCCAGACGACAUGCCCGAAGACGGGCCCUCCACCAUCGCUGGCAAUGUCGAAGAAAUGCGCUCCCUCUUUACAGGAUGGGACCCACGAAUAACCAAACUGCUCGCCCUCUGCGAGAACGUCCAGCGCUGGCGGCUCUGCAUAGUCGAGCCUCUUGAAACCUGGUACCACCCUAGUGGAAGCUUCGUCUUACUAGGUGACUCUGUUCAUGCCACCUUACCCUACCUCGCUUCUGGAGCUGGGAUGUCGUUUGAGGAUGCUGCUGUGCUGGGAGAGUGUCUGGGGAAGGUGAAGAGUAAGAGUGUGGACGAGAAGAUAUUUGCCUUGAAGGUUUAUCAAGCGUGUAGGAAAGAGAGGACGGAGAUGAUUGUAGAGAGGGGGAAUGUGCAGCAAGUUUUGUAUCAUCUUGAUGAUGGGGAUGAGCAAGUGGAAAGAGAUAGGAAGAUUAGAGCUAACGGAGCAGCACAAACUGAUGCUGACAUGGAAGAGGGCGAAGCUUUGGUUUGGAGAGAUCCUGUGUUGGCUCCGAAGCUAUUGGGAUAUGAUCAUUUGCAGGAUGUCGAGAAGCACUGGAACAGCUUGGCUCGAGGACGCUCUGUGGCUGGGAGCAAAUUAUAGAUGUUUCGAAUGAUGGAAAGAAUUGCAAAUCAAGUAUGCUAUUCUCGGGAAGGGACACCGAAGAUAUCUCAGUAUCCCAAGAACUCUAAGCUAUUCUCUCCUGAACUUAAUGAAAGACGUGCAGCCACUGCAAAUGAUUCAGGACUUCACAACCACAAACCUUCCUAGCUU